AUGGAUCGAUCAGGAGACGAAAGGGGUCUGGGGCGUAGAAAGGCCUGUGACUUUUGCUGCCAGAAGAAGAUCCGAUGUGAUGCAAAGAAGCCACAAUGCUCUGGUUGUAAUUUACAUAAUGUGGCUUGUGUAUGGACUGCUGGUGUACGACCCAAAAAGUCUUUGCCUCGACAAACACCACCAGACGGCAACGCAAUCGACUAUCGCUUUGUAUCCAUCGAAGAUCGCCUGAAAGCAAUUGAAGCCCACAUUUGGCGAAAGUCCUCCGCUGAAGGAACGCUUGUUAACGAAGUUGCCGUGGAUGUAGUCGUUAUUGACGACAAUGAUAACGAUCAACAUAUGGCUGAGUCGUCAAAUUGUGACUCACCAUUUUCACUCACGCCCGAGCCUUCGGUAAUUCCAAGUCUAGAGCGAGGAGCAGUUCCAGUAGCUGUUUCACGGAUAUCCAUAGCUUCAGCGAGCAGUACACUUGCGGCCGAUACUACAAAGGCACUUAUGCAUCCAAAUGAUACUAAUUCGAGGUUCUUUCACGAUGAUCUGACACCAAGCUAUCCCUUUCCCAAGUGGUCCAAUGCGGAAGCUUUUGCCAACAUCUACUUCAAGCACGUAAAUCAAACCACACAGCUCUUCGCCGCACCAACGUUCAUGAAGAUGCUUGAUGAAUUCUACGACGGGCCUCCCGAGAACCGUGACCAAGUAACAUGGUCAGCAAUUAAUGUGGUCCUCGCUCUGCAAUUUUACCUGGACCCUGAUAAAAUUACUGCCGCGGAUGCACGUGCAGCUAUAUGUAUCAAACGGGCUCAGUCGGUUAUGGAUCAGCUUGUUUAUCGCACUGAAGAUCUGCUCGGACUUCAGGUCAUUCUUGGCGUGGCCAUGUUUUUCAUGCAUACUGCACAUCCUCACCCAGCCUGCGUCUUGAUUGCUACAGCUGUGAAACUCGUUCACAGACUAAAGCUCAACGUGCCGCCUCAAACGACUGAGCACCAUCAGCAGUCUGCAGAAAGAGCGCGACUAUUCUGGCUCACUUAUACCAUGGAUCGCGAAUUAUCACUGCGUACAUCGGAGCCAUAUCUGCUGCAGGACCACGACAUCGGUAUAGAAAUCGAUGAUAUGAGCAGUAGUCCGGGGAAGGGGUGUGUACGGAUCCCGCCGAAAGUUCUGCGACAUUCUCUAUCCGAUCCAUCCGAGAGAAGUAGGCAGUACAAGGAAGCUGUUGAAAUUAACAUACCAAUGACCCGGGCGCGGCUAGCUGUCAUUCAAGGCAAGAUCUACGAUCAGGUAUACUCAGUCCGGGCAUCAAGAAUGUCUCCAAGCGAGAAACAGCAGGCACUUGAGGGUCUGGACGGCAUGCUUGACGAUUGGUAUAGUUCGCUGCCACCCAACUUUAAGAGAUCGGUCCAGGGAUUCUCAAUCUCGGCGCAUAUCACAUAUUACCAGUGCCUGUUUUCCACUCGCAGGGCUACUAUUCACAACACCGAUUGGAUCAAACGUUUGGACGACUAUGCAAGCAGCAAGACACGGCUGAACGCAGCUCAAAGAGCUCUAUUACUGCCUUCUAAUUGGCUAACCUUGGUUAAGGUUGCGCGAUGUUGCUUGACAAUGCUUAGCAAAAUUCCUUCUCGGAAUACCGCCCUGAGAUGGAGUUCAACCUGCGUAUGCGAAGCUGCCAUCACGGUUCUGGCGGCUAACAAUAUGACUCUUGGUCUGCAUGAUGUACCACGUUCGAUCAAAGAGGACGAAGCCAAGAUCGAUACUGCUUUAAAGGAGUUUGAGGAGCGCCUACAGGGUUCUAAUGAUGAGUUUCUUAGCAAGAUGUAUACGGAGUGCAAGAGUCUCAGUGAAAGAGCGGCGGUGGCAGCAGACAAGUUUCUUGAUGCUACUGUGGACCAGUUCUGGGAUGCUGUUGUUGAUGGUGUGAUCGGGCAGACGGCCCCGCAAGCUAUGGCAUUUAUCAAUAGAGAUAGAGCGCCGUAA